CUGCUCACGCGCGGAGGACGCGGGGGCCCGGAGAGCGCAGACCGCAGGGGGAGCGACUGAAAACGUUCAGGCAUCCGUGGUAGCGGCGCGAGACAGGGCAGGGCGGAGAGAACAAAGUGAAGGGUACAAAAAAACCCUCCUCCUCCUCCUCCUCCUCCUGAGCCAGCGGCAGCUUGGGGCCAGAAAUGAAAGUAGGAAGGGAGCGGGAUGGUGGCUUUUCCUUUCUCUCUGGACACGCGCCCCAUUUAAACGUGCCCGGCUCCCUCGGUUGCUUCCAGAGCCUCAGGAGUUGCGGUGGUUUUGCUGUAGGGUGCCUAGGAAAAAAAGUUCUUUUGAAGUAAUGUUCAGAUUAGGACACAUCGCUGGUUCCCAGUAAAGGAGGAAGUGAGAACCUUGAUUUUUGUCUUCCCUGGCUCUGUUGGCUAGUUACGCCUUCCUUCGUUUUCUUUAUUUCCUGUUUUAACAAAGAAUCCUGGUGUUUGAUGUCAGGCUGAAACUAGAAGGCAACUUUUGGUGAUCCGUGGCUGUAAUGCAGAGUUCCUUGUUGUUGCUGACACGCGUUAGACAUGAAGAAGGUCCAGUACAGUACUGGUCGGCAUCCUUUUCCUUGCGGCGUGCUUUGGUAAUGCUUGCUUCUGGUAUCACAACUUUCAACUUUUUGUUACAGACAUGAACAAUGACUAUAGUUGACAAGGGAUCUGACUCUUCAAACCCCAUAUCUGGUCAGAAUCAAACUGGCAGCUCUGUGGGACCCCCUAAUGAAGAGAUGGACUCAGACUCUUCCAGCUGGGGCACUGUGUCAUCUCUGGACGUUGCAAACCACAGAAUCUCUUUGGGACCAGUACCUGGAGCUACAGAUUAUUCUAGUUCACCUGCAUCUGAAAAACCCAAGCCUUCAGCUCAGAAAGAUCAAUCUGUAAACGAUGGCAUCGCUCCACCACAGAAGGUUCUUUUUCCAGCAGAGAAGAUUUGUCUGAAGUGGCAGCAAUCCCAUAGAGUUGGAGCUGGUCUCCAGAACCUUGGCAAUACCUGUUUUCUCAACUCUAUCCUGCAAUGUUUGACUUACACACCCCCUCUUGCCAAUUACAUGCUUUCUUAUGAACACUCCAAGACAUGUCAUGAGCAAGGAUUCUGCAUGAUGUGUAUAAUGCAAACUCACAUUAACCAAGCCCUCUCAAACUCUGGCAGUGUCAUUAAACCGAUGGCUGUUAUCAAUGAUCUUCGACGAAUAGCAAAACAUUUCCGUUUUGGAAAUCAGGAAGAUGCGCACGAAUUUCUACGUUACACUGUUGAUGCUAUGCAGAAAGCAUGUUUAAAUGGGAGCACCAAAUUGGACAGACCUACCCAGGCUACUACACUCAUCCAUCAAAUAUUUGGAGGCUAUCUUAGAUCUAGAGUAAAAUGUUCAAACUGCAAAGGAGUUUCUGAUACCUUUGAGCCAUACCUUGAUAUUGCAUUGGAGAUAAAGACGGCUCAGAGUGUAAGCAAAGCUCUAGAAUUGUUUGUGAAGCCUGAACAGCUAGAUGGUGAAAAUUGCUACAAAUGUAGCAGGUGUAAAAAGACAGUUCCUGCUUCAAAAAGGUUUACAAUACAUCGAUCUUCUAAUGUGCUCACCAUAUCUCUGAAACGAUUUGCAAAUUUCAGUGGUGGAAAGAUUUCAAAGGAUGUAAAAUAUUCCGAGUUCUUGGAUCUUCGCCCAUUUAUGUCCCAGCAAAACGGAGAACCAGUUCUUUACACCCUGUAUGCAGUCUUAGUACAUACUGGUUUUAGCUGCCACGCAGGACACUACUUCGCCUACAUAAAGAGCUGUAAUGCACAGUGGUACCAGAUGAAUGAUUCCAUUGUAGCCAUCACUGAUAUCAGAACUGUCCUGAAUCAGCAAGCUUACAUGCUUUUUUAUAUCAGGUCCUCUGAUGUGAAAAAUGGAGAACUCAUUUAUUCCAUUCCAGGACAGUCUUCUCCCCGUCCAGCUAUUAGUCAGCGGGUAGUUAAUAGCAAGCAAACCGUAUCAGGAUUUAUUGGACCACAGCUUCCUCCCCACCUGAUUAAGACUUCUGGCCAUUUAAAUGGAACUGGGUCACUAAAAGAAACUCCAAGCAGUUCUGUGGUAUGUGCUAGCAACGUUACCCUAACCAGGCCAAAUUCGGCGCCUCCUUCAACUUCCAUUCAAAACUGGACAAUUAACCGACCCACUAUUCCUGAUCCUUCAAAAAAACAGAAGAUUACUAUCAGUAUUCACAACAAACUGCCUGCUCGCCAAAGCCUGGUCCAACCCAAUCUUCAUAACAGCUCUUUGGAGAGUCUGAGCAAGCCUGUUCCUUCAUCCACCAUUACUAAUUCCUCUGCAGUACAGUCUACCUCAAGUGCUUCUACAAUGUCAGUUGCUACUAAAGUACCUAAACAAUUGGCUACUAGUGAAGCUUGUUCUAAAGCAGUACUGAAUGGCAAGUCUAAGCUAAGCUCCAGCACAUUGGUCCCUUAUGGUGCAGAAUCUUCAGAAGAAUCUGAUGAAGAUUCAAAGGCAUUAGUUAAGGAGAAUGGACACAAGAAACCUGUAAAUGGAAUUUUGAUUGGAAGUGUAGCUAGUUCAUUGCAGAAUUCCUGUUCUUCCUGUCAAGAUGCUGAAAAGGAGGUACCCCAGCAUGAACUGCCAAAAACUGACAGAGUCAAUGGUGACAAAGUCAAUGGUGCUAUUUGUCUAGAUAAUAAUUCUAAAGACAAUGAUUUGAAACUUGAUGAUUCCACUUGCCAAACCAAGGCUCUUAAAACUACAGAGACUUUCUUUCCUAAAAUGAAUGGAUUGCAUGGAAAAAUGUGUGCAACUUUACCUUCAGUCCCUGAAGAUAAAAUCUUAGAAUCAUUCAAAUUCAGCCAGGUGAAAACUUCAUCAGAGGAUAUAAGUAUAACUGGAACUGAAAAAACCGAUCACAGUAUUCCCAACGAUUGCUGCAACAGCCAGGGUCCCUUUGCUGCAUCAGCUCCUGAGACCAUUUCUACCAAAGAAGGAAUUGUAGAGAAUACUGUGGCGAGAAAGGAGGAGGAUCAUUCUGACAUCAUUGAUCAGCAUAAAGCUAAGAAGAGAACCUUGGGCACUGAAGAGGAACGUGCUCUUGAGGAGUCUGCGGAUAAGGCAAGAGGACCAAAAGAAGCAAAGGUGAUGUUAAAGGAGGCUCCUCUGCACGUCAAAGGGCCUGCGGAGACUGUAGAGAAACUGGGACAAAGCUCCCUUAUAAAGUCUGACAGUGAAUGUAGUUCCAAAAAACUUUCUACCUUAAACAUUACAGACAAAUGCCAAGAAACAAAGCACAGUACUAGUGACUAUCCAGAGGGACAAAGUGCUGUGGACUCUCCUACAAAACUGAGCAAGGUUCUAGAGAGCUAUUCUAAGGAAAAUGAGGGACUGAGCGAUAAUGACAAACUUGGAGAAGACACAGAAAGACAAAAACUUCAGACACAUUCUCCAGGUAAAGAAAAGGUCUGCACCACCAAGAAGAUGGAGAGGGAGCACUACUGUAAAAAGAGACGGCACUCUGAAAACGAGGAGAAACUGGACAGUCGUGACUCCAGAAAGAGACGAACGUACAGCAGUGAGAGGGGGAAGCAAGAUCAUCACUACAAGAAGCACCAUGACAAUGGGAGCAAAUACAAACUCAUGCAUAAUGAAAGAAGCAGCAGAAGCUCCGGAAGGUAUCCUGAUUACAGAUCCCACAGCAGAGAACAAAAUGAUAAGGACGGGGGUUGGUAUUACCUUCCGAAGAGAGAAGGCUCUUGGAAUAGAGAGAGGUAUUACCAAGACAUCCCACGAAGGUGGGACAAAGGUAGAUAUUACUAUGAUUAUUAUCCUUUCCAUGCGCCAAGAGACAAUCGAGAGAGAAAGUUCUCUCACGUGGACAGAGAGUAUGCGAAACCAAGCCACAUUUAUGACCCUAGGUCAUACAAGGACUAUUACUACAAGACACGAUGGAUUCAUGAGCCAGCCACUAAGGAGAGAGAGAAACGCAACUUCAGCAGCUCCAAAGGAGACUUUCACCAUUGCCCAGCACCCCCACAGCAUUCUGAAAAGUAUUCCUCAGAGAAAAGUGCACCUACAGCGGGAGAAAACACUUCCAGUUUUGAGACUUCUUGCCUCAAAUAUGAGGACGUAAAGGACAGAAAAAGAAGAUGCCCUAUUGGAGACGAGAGUGACAGUGAGGCAGAAAGGGAGCGCAAAAAGACCCUGCAGCGUGAGCCUUCAGAGGAGCAAAAGGUGAAAAAACACAAGAAAUCAAAGAAAAAGAAAAAAUCCAAAGACAAACACAGAGAGAAAGGUAGCAGGUAACCCAGAAAAAAUUUGUCGCUGUGGUUCAAGAAACUCUUUUAGCGAUUUUAUUUUGGGGUAUUUUCCUUUCUUCUGUUGCUUCCGAGUCCAUUGCAUUGUAGACUUAUUACAUGCUAAUUGUGGGUUUUGUUUACAUCUGCUUUCUGAUUAUUCCACUAAGUGCUGCCUAGUUCUCCUAGGCCAGGCAGUGGGCUGAAUCUGGCCCUCAAAGAGAUUGGUUCCAGCUGCAAAGGUCUGGCGUGGGUGGGAGUGUGGGCAAAGGACCCUAGUGCGGGUGCUUGUUGUACAGGUCCUUGUGGUGUGUCUUUGUUUUUUCCCCUCUCCCUCCCUCGUUUUUUAUCUUUAGCACUGGUGAGCUCGGGAAGCAAAGGAGGCACAAAUGGAGUCCGUGUCAGUUGUUACGACACAGCUGUUGUGUCGGAUGUGCCACGUUCGUGUUCCUCCCAGAGGGUCAGAAGCACUUCAUCUGCACCAAGUGUAAGCUGGCAUCUGCCUUUGAGAAAAGAUUCACAGACUGGAAUCACCGGUAUCCAUGCUUCAUUGCAUUCGGGACCAGGAAGAUUACCUAGACAAGGAUUACGAGAGGCUGGUACUGGAGGGGCUAAAGGGCAAUAAGGAGAAGUGGCAGCAUGCAACUACUCAAAGGAGGAGGUCACCCAGAAUUGAAGAGGAGUGGACUGAGGUCAGCACCCACUUCCAAGCACUCUACAAUGGCACUGCUGAGGAAGAGGAAAAAGAGAAGAGAUCUGCAUGCAUGAGGCAGAAGUGGCAGCAGCCUAAAGAGCAGGAAAUGCAAGGCCCCAAAGACAGGGGCUCCAGAACCACUCCAUCAAGAAGAGUGGUGGUGGACGGUAACUCCCUUCUGCAGGGGACAGAGGCACCAAUUUGCUGUCCAGAUUUGGGAGCUCAGGUGUAUUGCCUGCCUGGAGCCUGUAUUCAGGAUGUCACAGAGUCUGCAAAAGCUCAUCCAUACUUUGGACCACUACCUCUUCCUGCUUGUCCACAUAGAUACUAACAAUACUGCAAGGAAUGACACUGACCAGAUCAGAAGUGACUAUAGGGCUCUUGGCAGAAGGAUUAAGGAGCCUGGAGUACAAGUUCUGUUCUCAUAGGUCCUUCCCAUGGAAGGCAGGGGUCCAGGCAGAGACCGUUGUAUCUUGGUAGUGAAUGCAUGACUGAGAUGGUGGUGUCAAGGUGAAGGCUUCAGCUUCUUUGACAAUGGGUGGAUGUUCUUAGGAGGGAUGUUCUGCUAUUAAGAGAUGGGAUUCAUCUCACAAGAAUGGGAAAGCACAUCUUUGGGCAUUGUACGGCCAAUGUAGUGAGGACUUGAAACUAGGUUCCAUGAAAGAUGGUGAACAAAACCCUCCAGUAACAGAGCACGCAGUCCAGAGGGGAAAGGACUCAAAGAAUCGACUCAACUUUGGAAGAGGACCAGAGAGCUACAGGACUGCAACAAGUGGCAAAAAAAGGAAGCAAGGAGGUGAAAAUGCACAAUAUAUCUGAUUCACAUAUACAAAUGCAAGAAGUAUGGGGAAUAAACCAGAUGAGUUGGAAGUGGCAGCCUGUGAAAAGAACUACAAUCUGACUGGCAUCACUGAGGCCUGCUCUUAUGACUGGAUUGUGAACACUGAGGGUUACACUCUGUUUCGGAAGGACAGGGUUGGGAGAAAAAGUAGUAGUGUUGCCUUGUAUAUCAAAAACACAUAUACUUGUUCCCUGGUUCAGGAGGAAAAAGACAGCAAAGAGGAAUGCAUUUGGGUGAAGAUGAAAGGUGAAAGAUGCAGUACCAAUAUAAUGAUGGGUAUUUAUUACAGGCCACAUAAUCAGGAAAAGGAGGUGAAUAAGGCACUCUUACAGCAACUGACAAAUAUAUUGAAAAGCUAUGGGAUGGUACUGAUGGGACACUUCAGAUUUUCAGACACCUGCUGAAAGAACAAUGCAACCAAACAUAAAAUGUCAAGCCGGUUCCUAAUGUGUGUGGAGGACAACUGUCUCUUCCAGAAAGUAGAGGAUAUAACUAGGGAAUCAUUUGUCUCUUACUGCACAGAGGAGGACGCAGACCAAUGGCCUGAAGUUGCAGCAAAGUAAAUUUAGAUUGGAUAUCUGGAAAAACUUCUUCGUUGUGAGAACAGUGAGGCAGUGGAAUCCCUUGCUCCCUUUUUUCUGCUGUGUGUGUCAGGAUGUUUUUAAGCCUUUUCAGAGGCACUGGGUGUUGGCUACAGCUAAGGCUGGGGACUUCAACUGGAGUGUGCCAGUUCUCCCUAUUAGAAGCAAAGCCAGAGGUUCCUGCCUCAAGGGUCUUGCCCCUCCACUCAGGGUCAGACCGAUUUCCAUAGUUGGGGUCAGGAAGAAUUUUACCCUACGGUCAGAUUGGUAUGGACUUCCUCUGUAACAGGGGGCAUGGCCCCCCACUACCCAGGACUUCUUCAGGGUAUAUUGACAACAUUUUAUAGAAGCAGGACAUUGGCUGCUGUGGUUCCCCUACAUUACAUUUAGCAGGCUGGGGUGUUAGGUCUAUAUUGUGUCAGGGUUGAGGGUAGUCUUAUGUAGAGUUUAGAUUAUGGUUUUAUGGGAUGGUUGGGAUAGCAAUGAUGCUGCCUCAGGCAGAGGGUUGGACAAGAUGACCUCUGAGGUCCCUUCUGGCCCUACUUCUCUAUGACUUUAUGACCUUCUCCAGAGAGACCACAGCUUCAGGGGACAUGUCAACAUAGCCAAGAGGGUAGUACCCACUGCCUUUCUCAUUGAUAAAUUCACCAUUGGUCAGUUGGGAAUCAGCUGGCAGGUUGGGAAUCAGUGGUACUUGGCGAUGGAUAUGAGUGGUGGCAGUUGAAAUAGCAUACGGGAACAUCUCCUAGCUAAAAAGGAGGUGUACACCCAAUGGAAGGGUGGGGCCAUCACCAGGGAGGACUAUACCUCAGUUGCUCAGGGCCGCAGGGGGGUGGGCA